CAACGCUUUAUUGAUUUAAUGCAGUAUGUUGAGAUCUGUCAAAAUCCGUAGCCUCUUCUGUUCAAAAUUCGAGCAUAGCAUUUUCUAGGAAUGGCUCUCGUCCAGAGUGACGAAAACGACUUCCACGCACUGCGAGAGGCGCAAAGGAUGGUGGACUCGUGCCAGGACUUUGCGGACCACUUGAUCGUGGCCGAGUUCCUUCCCCAUUGUCGCGGGGUGGCCUACAUCAAUAUUCGCACCUUGGAGCAGGUCAUCUAUUGUGUGCAACUGAGUAGCGCUGGCUAUCGGAUCGUGUCCUAUAACUUUGAUGAUGUGGCCGAUGAGGUGGCCAAUUGUGACACCGUCUAUGAGUCCGCCCACCAACUGCUGGCAGGGAUUAGUCCACUGUAUGGGGAGAAAUAUGGCUUUGGACGAGAGCCACUGCGGAAGCGAAAGGAGUAGUAGUACCAAAUGAUAAUUAAGCGUUUUGCAGGUAAAUGACUUGAUUGCAACAAUAAAGCCUGAAGCUGCGAGCUGGAUUCGGGGUCUCCCAUUUGAUUAAUUGCUGCCAAGUGAGCACAGAUAGAGGGGAGAAGCUGGAGCAAGGGGCAGUGGCAGCGGCAGGGACAGGGGCAGGUUGCCAGUUGAUUGACUCAACUUGGCACUCUCCGGACCUUUUGUAGCGAAAAAAGUUAACAAGUUUUUGUGCCGUUCCACUUGACUGCCGCCGCCGAAGGAGGCGAAUGAAGAUGCAGACGGUUGGAGCUACAAGCUACAAGCUUCAAUCCUCGAACACCGAACACCCAGCCAAACCAAUCCAAACCAUACCCAACCCAGCCCAGCCCAACUCAAUGCCUCUCCAGCCCCACUUGUAUUCCUCAUUUUGGCCGGGCACCAAGCCAACUAAGGUUUUUAUCUAGUUGAGUCCAUCUAGUCGCUUUUCCGUCCGUCCCACGGGUGUCUGCUGUGGACAAUUCACAGAUACAUACGCUGCAAACACACAGAUGAAGAAACGCAGUUACAGGCGGACAUCAAUAAGAGCGCUCGAACUGAUGUGGAAAAUAAAUAAACCAUUCAUGGUUCAAAAAUAAAAUUAAAGUGAAGAAAGUUAGACAUAUCAUUUUGAUUUUUGUGUACAACUUAAGGCUUGUGCAAUUUACGACUCAUCUCGAAAUACUCGAGAUGGAGGCUGUAAAGUCACAGUCUGCUGUACGUGAGCUCCACUGUAGCUGGGCGAACGCAUUUGCUUUGGCGUCCGUAUCGGCCAUGUCUAUCUGAGCUGGCUCUCCACUUGUCUAUGCUCGUAUAUUUGUCCAUUGAAGCAUGCAAUUGAUUGCUGCAACGGCAACAGCAAAGCAGCAGCAGCAGCGGCAUUAUCCCCAACCUCUGUAUUUUGCCCCCACUGGAACCUGCCCCUUCUCCGCCUCUG